GGAUCUCGUGUCUUUUGUUUAUUAUAUAUUUUUUAUUUAUUUUUGCCUUCCAAUAUGGAGGUGGCGAGUUCUUCUUCUGCUGCAAGUACUGUUUCUUCAACAAAAACAUUAAUCGGUGAGGUCUUACAACCGCUCUAUGUAGUUAUUUUCGGUAUGGCCAUCCUGGCUGUUAUUCUCUUCGCUUCUCUGAAGCAUCUCAGAUACCAUCAACAGCCAGAAGUGCAUUUGCCGCGGAUGAAGAAAAAAGACAUGACAAUAGCCGAACUAAAGAAAUACGAUGGAACCGGUGAGGACGGCCGUAUAUGUAUCGCUGUAAACAGAAAAAUCUUUGACGUUACCCGAGGAAGGAAGUAUUAUGGACCCGGUGGUCCAUAUUCUGUAUUCGCUGGUCGUGAUGCUUCCAGAGCAUUGGCAUGUUUCUCUGUGUCUGCUAUCAAAGAUGGCUAUGAUGAUCUCAGUGACUUAACAUCUAGUCAAAUGAACCAAAUACAUGAAUGGGAUAUGCAAUUGACCGAUGAAUAUACAUUAGUCGGUAGAUUAUUACAGCCUGGACAACAACCAAUAGACUACACCGAUUCUGAAGACGAAACUCAUGAUGAUGACAAGUUAAAAGAUACUUAACCACUUUCAGCAUUUAAACAGAAGAAAAAACUCAAAUUACUAUGAUUUUCAUUUUGAAAAGAGAAGAAAACAUGGCUGUUUAAAUAUUGUUUAUGUGUUCUAUUUGCUAUGAAUGGAAAAAGAGAAAACUAGAGAAUGUCUUCUUUUUAUAUAAUUAAAUUAUGGAAAAUACAGAGCUAAUAUUUAGGAAAAUAUGUUGGAUUACAUUUUUUCUUUCUCUAUUUAUUCUUUUUUUUUUGUAAAUAAUUAUUAAGUUAUUUCAUUUCUUAAAAACUGUUUAUAUGUUAUUGAAUACUAAUUUAAAAUCUGGUUAAAGAUAUUUCUUUUAUAUGUUGUCCAUGAAUAUCUUGGUGAAAAGCACCAUUGUAGUGCUAACAAAAAUGCACCUUUAUGAUACUAUUCAAGUUGAAACAUUCAUAGUAUGUCCCAAACAGCCAAAAAAUAUUUUUUACUUUUCUUCUUUCUUUUUCUGAGAAAAAGGUUAACUAAAAUAUGAAAAUAUUAUACACAAACACCUACAUUUAUGAGUUGUGGUAUAUAAAUAACUAACAUUUACUUUGGUGUAUGUAAAUAACUAAUAUUAUGUACAUAGAUGUUUAAUUUUUUUUUACAUAAUUCACAUAUCGUAUUUUGAUAAGCAGUUAAAAAUGAAAAUGAUUUAAAUUACUUUUUGUUUUAUAAACAAAAAGGUAAUUUAAUUAAAUACUUUAGAUAUCUUUAACCUGCUUACAACAUACACAGAACACUCCUUUUAUUUUAAA